AGUAAAACUCCAUUGAUCAAAAUUAGGGUUUUUCUUCAAUUCGUCUUCUCUCUGCACCGUGUUUGCUGGAAAACUGAGAGAUCUGACCUAAUCACGGUUUUAGGGUCCUCUGGAUUCGAUUUUCUUCAUGUGAAAGACGUUAAUUUCUUGCUCGUCUGCUUACUUUCAUCGUUUCUCCGACCGAUUUGCUGGAUAGUGACGUAAUGUGAUAGUUGCUUAUGAGUUGGGAACACUAUCUGAUUCGAUUGGAUAAAGGGUAAUCUCUAGAUUCACUAAUUUAGUGGUUUUGGCUGUGAAAGAGUGAGUUUUUAGCUGAUUCAGGAUAAUAUUUGAUCCUAUAGGUGUUGCUUACUCUGACCCUCUUUGAAGCUCAGAAUUUGUGGGUUUAGUCUUUUGUGAGAUGGAUAGGCCUUGUUGGCAUAAUGAUCAGUUAGGUGUGAAUAAGUUUGGGAAGAACAUAAAGAAGAGUCCUUUACACCAACCCAAUUUCUCAAUUGGUAUUGAUCCCUUGAUGCUUCAACCGCAACCACAGGGUUAUAACAUUAACAGGAAUGAUUUUAGAAGUAUUCUUGUUCAACAGCUUACGGGUUCUCCAUCGAGUGAGAGUUUACCUCAGCCUCUUCCUCUUCCUCGGAGUAUAUUGAAGACUCAGCAGAAUAGUCGGUUGCAGAAGAAUAAACCAGUGGCUCAAAUACAGAUAAACCGGCAACAUGUUCGUCCCCCUGUUAUGGCUCAACCAAAUCAUGAGUUAGUUGCUAGACCACCAAUGCAUCCUUUGCCACACGGUUCACAACCAAGUAUGUGUCAUGGAGACCAAUUUGGGUCUAGUACAGCUGAGUCUUCCGUCUCGGUGUAUAUGCCUUAUCGUCAAAGCUCACUAGGAGAUUCAGGACCUAAUGGAAACCAAAUGCAGCCAUGUCAUGAGUAUCAAUGGCAGCCACAAGUGCAAGAUCAAGCUCUAUCACACCCACCGCCACAAUUACAUAAUCGUCAUUUGCCACGGUUAAAUGGUUCUGCGCGAAACACACCCAUUUUGCCAACUCCUAAGUUAGACGGUCUGUCACAGCAGAUGUAUAAUAAUAGUCUUCCUUCUCCUCGAUUAAACGGUCUAGGGAUAUUACCCACUCCUACGUCCCAAUAUCUUCUACAAUCUCCGACCGCUUACCGGAAUUUACUCUCCCCUAGGUCACCUUAUCCGCUGCUAUCUGCAGGAGUUCAAUAUCCUCCACCAGUAACACCAAGAAGCUCAUCAAUGUCUCAACCUGGAAUUCUCGGUCCGGGCACAAUUCCUCUGCCUCCUGCAUCUCCAUUUGGGGUUUUACCAAUCUCUAGUCCAAGAUGGAGAGGUUACUGAAGAUGCUCCAUCAUCUUAACUUGACUCUUUAGGUUAGUGUCUGUGUACUAUGAAAGGUGCAAUCUUUCAGAGCUUAUAGGUUACAGGAGUACAGAGCUGUAAUAACAAUACUUUACUGUG